UGAUCAUCAACAACUACCUACAACCAACAACCAGCAAAAUGACCAGUCUGACCGCCAAGGACAAGGCCGUAGUCAAGGACUUCUGGGGCAGGAUCUCCGCCAAGGGUGAGGACGUCGGCAGGGAUGCUCUGUCCAGGAUGGUCGUGGUGUACCCACAAACCAAGACCUACUUCGCCCACUGGAAGGACGUGAGCCCCAACUCCCCCAAUGUGAGGAAACACGGAGUGACUGUGAUGAACGGAGUUGCUGAUGCUGUCGGCAAAAUCGACGACCUGAAGGGAGGUCUGCUGAGCCUCAGUGAGCUGCACGCCUUCACCCUGCGUGUGGACCCUGCCAACUUCAAGAUCCUGUCCCACUGCAUCCUUGUGGUCAUGUCCAUCAUGUUCCCCAAUGACUUCACCCCUGAGGUCCAUGUGGCCUUUGACAAGUUCCUGGCUUCCCUGGCUCUGGCUCUUGCUGAGAAGUACCGAUAAACAGCUGCAUGUGAAGAAGAUUAGAGCAAGAGUUUACUCUGCAUAUGAUCAAUAAAUGCAUGAAU